CCACUUCCUCUACCGCUAGGGUUUUUCUUCACUUCCUCUCCAGAGAGCACAGCUGAAACCCUAACCAUGGCGGCCGCUGUUCCAGCAAAGGAGUCCGUUCAGUGCUUCGGUCGCAAGAAGACCGCCGUGGCCGUCACCUACUGCAAGCGCGGCCGUGGCCUCAUCAAGAUCAACGGCUGCCCAAUCGAGCUCGUCGAGCCGGAGAUCCUCCGGUUCAAGGCCUACGAGCCCAUCCUCCUCCUCGGACGACACCGUUUCGCCGACGUCGACAUGCGCAUCCGUGUGAAGGGCGGAGGCCACACUUCUCAGAUCUACGCCAUCCGUCAGAGCAUCGCGAAGGCCCUGGUGGCUUUCUACCAGAAGUACGUGGAUGAGCAGAGCAAGAAGGAGAUUAAGGACAUUCUGGUCAGGUACGACAGGACUCUCCUCGUCGCUGAUCCCAGGCGCUGCGAGCCCAAGAAGUUCGGUGGCCGUGGUGCUCGUGCCAGGUUCCAGAAGUCUUACCGUUGAUUUUGGGGGGGGGGGGCGUUUUGGGGAAGCCCGCAGGUUUUUGCUAUGCUUAUGCUUUUAAGCUUUACGUUUUUGGUUUUCGAGAACUUGGAUUUGAUGCCAAUGGAGACUUUGUAGUUGUUUUAGUAUGAUGGAAUUUGAAAUGGUACCUUGUUUUUAUUAAGUAAUGAAUGGUUUAGUUAAUUUGUUAA